CGGCAUAAUUCGCUGGUUUCACUGCGUGUGACAACGAAAUUUCUCUUCCGAAUCUACAUCGAGCUGUAAUUUUAAACGCAUUAGGGAAGAAAAUGCAAAGAAGAAUAUUGAAGAGUGAAAGCCCAAUUAUUGAACAUUCAUAUCAACGGAAGCAGUUGACAAGGCGCUCUCAUGCCGCCUUCACAUGGGUGUUCGUCAACGUGAUUUUAGCCGCAACUUUUUUCACCGAGUUGAUUUUUGGAUCUGUGGCAGAGUACUUUGAAUUUCAACAUCCUUUGGUGUGGUUUACAGUUUGUGGUCUGGCGAUAUGGUUCACAUUUUGUUUUAUUGUGGACCUUUAUCAUUAUAUGAGACCUGUUGUGGGACAGAACAGUGUUGUACUCUCAUCAGAACAGAGAAAAUUGCUUGGCAUUAGAUCAACAGACUCAGGAUUCAAGUUGGCCCCACCUGAAACACCAACUAGUCAGGGAUCUGCUGUCUCUCCCUCCAUCAUCGCGACCACAUCUUCCCCCGCCAUGAUUAUGUCCACCGCCAUCACCAGCACGCCUCCUCGGCCUCAUGGAACCCCGCCCAGGUCCAACAGUAGCUCACCAAGAUCUCCUAUUUCGGGCACACCCUCAUUUUACAAUGAGACAAUCAGCAGUCCUGAUACAAGGUCUAGGCAUUCAUCCCCAGGCCGUUCGCCAUUUCCCUCUAGUGAUCACAUGACAGAUUUAAACUCGCUUGAACAAUAUCUCAGAGAACAACAAGAAGAAGAGGGAAGAUUACAUCGAGUUACCUCACCAGAUACCCUUGCACCAGGGCGUGGACAAUCUUUCUGGUCUGGCUACCGACUUGACUUUACUCCUCCACUUAAUGUAUACAGAAUUGCAAGGAGAUCUCCUGACCUUAGCUCUUCAAGAGAUGACGAUGAUGCAGGCACCAAAGCUGAUGAGAUCUGGACCAGGUACGCUGUGACAAGAACAGAUCUGGAUCACUGGAUCGAGAACUGCCGAAAGUGGCUUUGCCAAACGAUACUGUGUCGACUUGUGGAGCAGAUCGAAGCCGUGAAUGAGACUCUCUGUAGAAUUGGCUGCUCAGAACUUCAAGUUGGAACAAUCAGUCUCAGUGCAGCCAGACAAGUAGCUGUUACUAAAGCCGACCAGGCUCCUACGUUGCGGGCGAUUAUUCCAUACCUAGAAGCUUCGAAUAACCAGGAAUACCUCGUGCAACGCUUGUCAGAACUGGCACAAGGUGGUUGUAUGGGCCUGUAUCGUUGGAAUUGCGGUGGGCAGUACAGAGGCAAAUUAUGGGAACAAGACCUGUUAGCUGAUUCCCAGCUACUCCUUCACAUGUUCUGUACAUACAUGGAUUCCCGCAUGCCUGCAGACCCCACUUUCCCGGAUGGAAGGACGUUUACCGGGCUUCACUUUCUCAAGUCCCCAGACAAACCAAAUGCGAGAAAGAGUGACUUGUGUAUCUAUCAGUCUCGCCUUCAUCCGCCACAUUUCAAGGUUAUCAUUGAAGAUGAAGUCUACGAUAUGCCCAAGGGACAAAACAACUUGUUUCACACCAUUGUCUUCUUCCUUCACCACGUGAAAACCAAGCAGCAUGGAAUGUUGGGGCGAGUAAACUUGGGAAUGUCUGGUGUGAACAUUCUAUGUAUUCUGAACAAGAAGUGAGUGUAAUCAACAGCCUUCUCCAAAUUGACGAGGUAAAGAAGCUAAAGUUAUUGUAACGCAAAGGAAAAAAGACAAGUGAGAUCUUCUUGUCCAGCGGUAAACUUUCAUCAGGUUUGACACGGGAUCAUUUCGUCAUCGUGACUUCAUCAGAUUAAUUCGAGACUAGGAGCGGUUUAUGGAGUUGUCUAGGGAAGCCUGUAACAGCCAUUUAGGAUCCGUGCUUCUUAGAGGACUGUGAUGGGUAAACGUGGCGUUUGCUCUCGAGAUACUUGAAGAUUCGUUUGUCACAAAUCAGCGAAGGGAAAGAAGUAUAAAUUGCAGAAAAAAGGCGAAUGUAAUGUUUUUUUUUUAUUUUUAACUGAGUGCAACUCACCUUUGGGAAGAGUUUGAGAGUUUUAGAUCUUUUUAGAAUUCAUUGUAAUUUGAAUAUUCAUUAUUUAACAGUUCAAAACUUCAUAUAUUACCAGUAGAAGAUUACAUGCUACUGUCACUAGAUAGAAUUUACCUUUUGUUUUUUUCUUGCUUAAUUAUCACUUUUUUUCCAUGUUUGAUUAAAAAAGGCAGGAUAUGAACGCGAGUCCUUUUUAAAAACGUCUUUAUGCGACCGUUUUCCCCGGGAUGGAAGAGGAGGGGCUGGAGAGGGUGGAGGGGGGGGGAAAGAGGAACAAGAAACAAGUCCCGGAAUGAGAAUCCCCCCCGAAAUGAGACAUGUUUCUUGGAAGUACCGAUUCGCAUCAAUGUCAGUAUCUGAGAAACUGCGUACGCACCUACCCCUCCCUAACCUAACAACAGUCAACUGAUACGUCAUCAUUCAUGUCAAUAUAGUGGCCGUACCUCUUUGCGCGUGCCUCGUAAUGAAAAAUAAGAUCACCAUCCCAGGAUAUGUUAUAAAAGAAAUAUCUAUCUGUUAACGGAUCAAUUCAGCUUUAUUAUAAAUUAAUUUAUAUUAAUUCAUAUCAGUGCUGCUCUUAAAACCUUUCUACCGUUACUUGUAGAAUACUAAAGAAAACACCUCUGUACAAGCCAGUAUUAAUAUGUCACAAAAUGUGAGACACAUAUGACGUACGUACUCCGACUUAACUUGUGUCCGCUGUACACGAAGGUGAAGACGCACAA